UGGUAAGGGGACGCGCAGACCACGCCCCUCCGCGGUGAUAUCUCCACCCCACGGUGUCCCCGUUUCUCUCAGGAGGAUGACGUAUUCCUGUCACCUAAUGGGGUGACAACGGCAGCGUCGCCAACUCUCCCUCACGGACAGUUCUAGCUGCCCCGGGGUAGCUGAGGAAGCCUUUCUAAAAUGCGGUAAAGGCGAAGUAAAACCGGGACAGGAAAGAGACAGCGAGAGAGAGGGAGGGAGGCCGUGCACGCACGCGCGCGCCUCGUGUGCUUUCGCCUAUCGUGCCCGCGCACGUCGGCGCGUCAAGUGUGUCGGAGAGUCCCCUGGACUGGGGAGAGGAGGAGGUUUCGGGAGCCAUGGCGACCAACAUAGAGCAGAUCUUCCGCUCCUUCGUGGUGAAUAAAUUCAAGGAGAUCCAGGAGGAGGGAAAGCUUACCAGUGAGAAUUCCGAAAACUCUCAGAAUGGGGAAUUAACCGCACAAAAGGAAGAAGAGACCACUUCAGAAUCCACAGCUGUCUGCCUACAAAGUGAAGGAACCGCUCCAACGUGUCAAGAUGAAACUAUGAAGACAGAAAAUCUGGAACUUGCAAAACCUGUGACUAUAGCUCUAGAAACUGAUAGUGCAUCAAAGGAGUUAAAAUCUGCAGAAUUGACCUCCGACGAUGAAGUAAAGAGGGAUUCAUCAAAAAAGAAAUCCAAGAAGCACAAAAAACAUAAAAGCAAAAAGAAAAAAAAGAAAAAGAAAAAAGAGAAACAUGAGAAAAGAUCAAAAUCGGUUUCGAGUGUUGAGGACCAAGAGAAUGUCAGUUCAGAAACAAAAUCUGUGUGGAAACCAGCAUUUUCAUCUCCUCCAAAAGAGCAGGGAAUAUUGGAUGCCUUAUCCAAUGCAGAAACUACAAAUACAGUUGUACUAUCUUUAGUGAACACACAAAGUAUUAGUUCUGCAAUAGAAGAUAAACCAGUAGGAUUGCCGUUAGAUGUAGAUUCUGGUUUCUUUGGCCCAAAAUGCCCAAAUGAGUUGGGUAAAAAUGUUUCUUCAAAUUCUGUGACAUGUGAUGUUGAAAUUAAAGAACAGUGUGAAGCAUCGGUUGUCGUCGUUCAGCAAAGUAGUGAAUCUACUUCACAUGUUGAAAAGGUUUCUGAAAUUGGUAAAACACAGCAGAGUGGACUAUCUCUGCCCAUAUAUUCACAAACAAAAAGUCCAGGAGUGAACAGUCCAAUAGAUGUUAACAGUGAAAAAGAUUCCCUUCUCUCAUUAUCAAGAUCCCAAUCGCAGUCAAAUUGUGAAAAGCUGCAAAUAUCCAAGGAAAAAUCACGGUCAAAUUCAAGGCAUCGAUCAAGAUCUAGCUCUUUAGUAAAGGUCCAAAAGUGUCUUGAAACCAGCAAAAAAUCACCUAAAUCUUUGCCGAGAUCAUAUUCUAUUUCCAGUGAUCAAAGAAAACAGUCCAGAUCCAGUUCUCGGGGUCCAACACGAAGAUCAACCUCUAGGUCUUCAGCAAGGAGGCAACGGUCAAGCUCUAGGGAUUCUGCUCAAUAUUCGAAAUCCCUGAUAACAAAUUGGUGGUCAAAAUCUAUAAGAGAUCGAAGGAGAUCAGUGUCUGUGGUCAAGAAACCCUGGUCAACAAAGUCACCUGCACAGGGACACAAGUCAAGAUCGAAAUCAACUGAAAAAAGACGUUGCUCUAGAACAAGGUCUAGGUCACCAAGUAGGCAAAGAAAAUCCAGAUCGAUUAGCAGAAAAUAUAGACAGAGGUCUAAAUCGGCUAAUAAGAGAACUAGAUCAAAAUCUGUGAAUAGAAGGCAAUCGAAAUCUGGCUCUGUGUCCAGGAUUCGACGAUCAAGGUCUGUUUCAGGAUCCCGGAAAAGGAAUUCAAAAUCUGGUUCAAUAUCCCGACGACGAAGAUCUUGGUCUGGUUUAGCUGCCAGGAGGCAAAGGUCAAGGUCUACUUCUGCAGUUAGGAGACGCAAAUCUAGGUCAGUCUCACUUGCUAGGAGGCGCAGGUCCAGAUCAGCUUCACCUGGCAAAAGAAGAUCUAGGUCUGCCUCGCCUGUCAGAAGACGAAGGUCUAGGUCUGCCUCACCUGCCAGAAGACGGAGAUCAAGGUUGGCCUCACCUGCCAGAAGACGUAGAUCAAGGUCGUUUUCACCCAUCGGGAAACGUAGGUCGAGGUCGCUUUCACCCGCCAGGAGGCGCAGGUCCAGGUCGGUCUCGCCUGCCAGGAGGCGCAGGUCCAGGUCGGUCUCGCCUGCCAGGAGGCGCAGGUCCAGGUCGGUCUCGCCUGCCAGGAGGCGCAGGUCCAGGUCGGUCUCGCCUGCCAGGAGGCGCAGGUCCAGGUCGGUCUCGCCUGCCAGGAGGCGCAGGUCCAGGUCGGUCUCGCCUGCCAGGAGGCGCAGGUCCAGGUCGGCAUCACCUACAAGAACACGAAAGUCCAGGUCGGCUUCGCAUAACAGGAGGCAGAGUUAUAGUUCUGUGUCCAGGAGAAGGAAAUCUUUGGAAAGACUUCAAAGGUUGAGUUCCGGUUCAGUUCUAAAAAGACAACGGUCACGGUCUAGUUCAAAUACUAGAAGACAAAUUACAAGAUCCACCUCUGCUGCUAGGAAAGGAUCUAGGUCUACUUCACCUUCAACAACUAGAAGACCAUCACAAUCCAAUACAGAAAACCACUCACGAUCACCUUCAGGAUCUGUCAUAUUGAAACACAAGUCAAGAUCAGUUGAACGAAAACACAAAUCGCGUUCUAGAUCGACUAGUAAAAUAAGAAUUAUUGGACUCGCACCUUUAAAUGAAAGCCAUUUUUCUAUUUCCUCAACUGUUAAACAAACUAAUAAACCUGCUUCCUCAUCAGAAACCAUUAGUGAUGAAAAUAAACUUCCCCAGAUGACUUCAGAAUCACUUUUUAAAGCUGGUACUAUAUAUCUGGACAAAACUGAUACACAAAUAGAAUCGAGUGAAAAUGUUCCAGAGACUAACUCCUGUGUUCUAUCAAAUGAAAAAUUGUUUGAUUCUUCAUUCAAAGCAUCCGCUUCAAACUUGCCAUGCAGUUUGUUUGAGUCGAAUUCUGAGCAAAAUCCUCAUAGUGAUAAAUCUGCUAAAGAGAUGCUUGCAUCUACAAACAUUUCAGUAGAACCCUACAAGCCCUUUGACCAGACUUCUUUGGACUGCACAGAGACUAAUGAGAAACUACAAAGUUUGCCAGGAGAUGCCGGAGUUUUUAAUGACAGUCUCUUUCAUUCUUCACAGAGGGUUAGUGCAAGGCUUGCUGAGGAACCUUGUGAUAAAAUUCAAAAACCUGACAUAGUGUCUGUUGUGGAACAUGAACUGGACAACAAUGGUUCUGAAAUGGCGAAAACAUGUACAACCAAACCUAAAGAUUCUCCUGAUGUGUAUAAAUCAACUAUUUGUGACCAGUACAGUAUGGAGGAUGAACUGCCGUUAAGUAAUCAAGCUUUACCUUCUGAUUAUAGCAGCCUUGAAGCAGAAGGCAAAGGUUCUUUCCUUGAUGUGGCCAAUAGUCAAGAUUCUGGUUCGAUAGCCUCAAAUCCCUUGCCAGCAGAAACUGUCCAGUGUUCUGAUUGGAAGCAAUUGGCAUGCAGCAAUCAAAUGAGUAUUGAUGAUUUUAAGAGACAUGAUAGUGUAACUUUACCUUCAACAUCUACUGUAUCUUGUAUGGAACCCUCCACAGAAUAUUCUAGGACACUGACUGUGCAAGACACCUCUGCUUCACGCAGUGAUGAGCAUGACAUUGAGUUGAAUCUUAUCCAUGAUCCUUUGCACCAUGCUUCUCUCACUAGCUAUAUCGCAUCUGAUGCAGGAGUAAAACCAAAUCCAUUUCUUGCUGCCAACAUUACAAGUUUGCAAUCUUCAUUAAAUAAUCUAUCUGAGAUUCAUAUAAGAACUUUGAAAGGGGAAGUUUCUGAAAGUUAUUCCCAAGUGGAUACUAAUUCUUCUUGUCAUUUAAAGCCUGAAAAUGCUCCAACUCUUGAGUUUGACUUGUCAAGUAGAGAUAAGGUAGUGCUGCAGAACUCCGCUGCAGCAUCUCAUACUGCUCCGUUUACUGAACAGAGUCAUUCCAUUAUGUCACAGCAGACCUACAGUGAGCAAACAAACAAGGAUGUUGCCUAUGGUACCACUGCAGAAAGCUUUUCAAUAGAAAAUGAUUUUGCAUCGCAAGGACUAAUCAAUGAAAAUUUGACUAGUAUAUAUGAUAAAGCUGACUUGUUGGUUUCUACGGAGAGAGAGCACCCAAGUGAGACUGAAGGUCAUUACAUAAACAAUCCAGAGGUAGACUUAACAGAAACUCGCAUAUCCCAGGCAGACUUGGGAGAUGAGCCUCAGCUUUCCCCACAGAAAACUCUAUCGCCUCACAGGUUUCCCUAUUCUGAAGAUCAAACUAACAGAAUUUUUCACAAAUCUAGACAAUCUGGUCCACAUGGCUCUGCAUCUCUUACUGACAGUGCAUUAUCUUCCAAACAAGUUCUCGAGCCUGUUGAACAGGGUGGACUUGACCAGUCACUUUACAGUUCCUCUGAAAACAUUGAAUGCAUGUCUGCUACUUCAAAUCAGUAUGCUGUAUCUUCCACUGCAGAUCUUGGAAAAGAGUUUUCUGAUAAAUCCCAAAAUUGCAAUGAGAUUCCCGAAAGCAUCAAAAUCAAGAAAUCCUGUCCUAUCAAUAGUGAAACGCAUGUUGACGAUGGCAAUAAGGUUGACUUUGUGUCAGCUAGUGAAGACGCUGAACAAAAUACUAAUUCUGUGUGUCUUAAAGAUUUAGCGCGUGCCGUUUCUGAUAAAGAACAAAACUUGAGGUGUGAGGCAGAACAGCAGUCUAAUGUGCCAGAUAUAAAAAUGUGUCCUGAGACACCCAAGAUGUUGAUUCCCAUGGAAAUGCCUUCUCAGAAGCAACAGAUGUAUAUCCAGUUAACUGAUACACUAUCUAAGACAACUGUGGAACCAACAGAUGGAGACAGUAAUUUACCAAAUGUACAGUAUUCUUUUUUGUUGGACAACAAUCAGAAUUUGGAUAAUAUUGCCCACUCUACAAACACAAAUGAAGACUGUAAAGUUCAUGGGCCUGAUAUGUUCCUUUUCAGAGAUUCUAAAGAAGGUAAAACGGUUGCUGAAAAACCCUUUGGAUUAGACAUAGAGGCUGGUAACCACAGUCCAAAAAAGUCAGCUAGCUCUUACACUGCUUUAAAUUUUGCUAGUUUGCCUGCCAGUCAAAAUUCUGGCCUUGAAAUGCGUGUUAAACCAGUUACCGAAGAGGGCAACAUCAAACUUGUUUCUAAGCUUAUUGAGAAAGAUAAUCUGAAAGUAGAUGUUGAAACUAAGGUAAAGCAUGGACAAGUUGAAUAUACAUCUUACACAGACUCUGAGUAUGUUUGCUCCAACACCACUGAAGCCCAGAAGAUAUCUACAUCUGUUCAUGAAAUGCAGAAGCCUGCAGCAGCAAUGCCACUACAGUUUAAGUUUAGCAAAACUUUCAAGACGCUUGCUAGUUCACAGUUAUGCAACACAUCUGAUGAGUCUUCUGAUAAAGAAACUUCGAAAGUUAGUUCAUCGUCACUUUCUACAAAGACAAGUGUUUCGUUAUAUGUUGAUUCUUCAAGCACCAAUGCUAAAUCACCUCAGCAUGUUUUACAUCAGAAACAACUGGACACUCUAUUACCAGAACCUUUACAACCAGAGAGCUUGUCUAUUGUGGGAUCAGAAGGCAAAGAUGUCUUGCAGCAAGAUAUCCAAACCGAUGACUCACAAUCCAGUGCUGUUAUCAAACCUGCUUUCCCUCACAUUACUAAUCCUUUAUCUAAAUUGGGAGUUAAGCAGAGGCAGUACCGCUCAAGAUCUGUGGCCCAGGAUAGCCGAUCUCCAUCUGUGGAACGGCAACGGGGUUCUCGUUCAAGAUCUAAAUCUACAACCAGAAAAAGACGUUCGCGUUCAAAGUCUGUUUCUCGGAAGAAGCGUUCUCAAUCAUCAUCACGAAAGAAAGGUUCUCAUUCAAAAUCGUCUAAAAAUAAACGCUCUCGCUCAAAAUCACGUGGAAGAAAGAGACGUUCACAGUCAAAAUCAAAGAGUAAAAAAAAGCAUUCACCAUCCAAAUCAUCUGGAAAGAGAAAGCGGUCACAUUCAAAAUCCUCAGAAAGAGUCAGAUCUGUGGGGAAACCAGAAAGUUCACGUUCUAAAUCAAAAACCCGAAGAAAGGGAGUGCACACAAAAUCUCCAAGUGGUAGCCGAAGAUCGCGAUCUAAAUCCGCAUGUAGGAAAAGCUCACACACCAAAAAUUCCGAUGUCAAGAAAACAUCACGGUCUAAGUCUGGGUCAUCAAGGAGCCGCUCACGGUCAAUAUCAGUAUCAAAGAGACAUCUUUCACAUUCCAAAGCUUCUUUGCACAGGAAACAUUCUCGAUCAAGUUCAAAAUCAACAUCUCCUAAUAAACGGUCCCUUUCAAGAAACAAGGGACGUUCUGUCUCUCGAUCUCCAGCCCGAAGGCACCGCAGUCGGUCAAGGUCACAUACACGCAGACAUCGCUCAAGGUCUCGAGGAAGGUGGCGACGUUCCCUGUCAUCCUCCAGAAAGCAUUCUAGAUCAUCCUCUAGAACUUCUGGUACUUUGUCAGCAAAGAAACGACGUUCAGUGUCCAAGUCGCCAAUGCGUGGCCGUCGGUCAAGAUCCCAAGCCAAACUAAAAGACAAAUCUCCUGUAACUAAGCGCAAGUCUAUAUCUCCCAUACCACAAAAGAAAUCUACCCAAUCAAAAGCAGCAGCUUUUAAACAUAGCAUUGGACUAAAGUCUCUUAUUCAGAAACAGUUAUCCCAAGCCAAGUCUCAAGGAUCUAGUGGAAAGUUGUCUAAGGAACAGAUACCAUUAUCAACAAUUACGGCAAGAGCACAAUUACCUGCAGCCAAUUUUUCUACCAGAGCACAGGUUUCUGCACCCAGUUUGAAUGCAAGUCAGAUUUCUGUGCCCAACUUAGCAGAAGUGCCUCUACCUAGUGAGCAUGGAAAUGGGCAAAUUCCUGUGCCCAGUGCGCCCCCUGAACAGCAAAUGUCUGUAACCAGUUUAGCACCUGAGGCACCACUGCCUGUACCUGACCUAACUACUGCAACUCCAUGGCAUGUACCUGAUAUGGCGAGUGGAGCACAGUGGCCUGUACCUGAUAUUGCUGCAGGAACUCAGUGGUCUAUGUCUGAUCUGACAGCUGGUGCACAAUGGCCCAUGGCUGACCUAGCAGCUGGUUCACAUUGGCCAAUGCAUGAUUUAAGUGUGGGAACACAAUGGUCUGUUCCUGACCUUGCUGCAGGAACACCAUGGGCUGUGCCAGAUGUUGCCACUGGUGCACAAUGGACUGUGCCUGAUUUAACUGCAAGUACGCAGUGGACUGUACCUGAUCUUACUGCUGGAUCGCAAUGGGCUAUGACAAAUUUUGCACCAGGAGCACAAUGGUCUGUUCCAGACUUGGCUGCUGCUGCACAAUGGACUGUACCUGACCUCACUUCAGGAACACACAUACAAAGUGCAGAUUUGGCCACUGAAGCCCAGGUUCCAGGCUCUGACCUAGCCACUGAAGCCCAGGUUCCAGGCUCUGACCUAGCCACUGAAGCCCAGGUUCCCGGAUCAGACUUGACAGCUGAAGCCCGGGUACCAAGGUCAGACUUGGUCAAUGAAGCUCAAGUACCUGUACCCGAUCAUAUUCCUGAUACGUCAGAUGAUGAUCUGGUUUCUGAAGGACAUAAUUUGAUGCCUGAUGUUACUGCUGAAGCAUUGGUCCCUGUGGCUAGUGGGACACUUGUACCUGAUGUGGCUGCUGGAAUUCCAUUACCUGAUGUGACUGCUGCAACGCCAACUCCAGUACCUGAUGUUGCUGCUACCGUAAACAUGCCUGUUCCAGAUGUGGCCACUACUGCUCAUAGCUUAAUGCCUGGCUACGCCUCCUACAGUGCUGUUCAUGAAUCUGUGUUUGAAGACUCGGCCAAACAAUCUGUUUACUUGGAUAUAUCCUUAACAGCUGGAGAACUUGUAGACAGUUCAUGUGCACCCGAAUCACUUGUGUAUACUAAAAAAUUGCCAUCUGAAGCUCUUAAUAGGACAGAACAUCAAAUGGCCCUUGAGUCCUUGCCUAGUACAGACCAAUGUCCACCUACUGAACUGCCUUUGUCACAUGCGACUGUUCCUGAAAUGUCAGAGAGCUUUUCACAGGAAGAAAUAUCUGUGAGCCCUGAAUCUCAACUUGAAAGUGAACACUGUAGUAUAUCCAAUACCUCACUGUUUGACCCAUGUUUAAAAUCUGACAACACUUCAUUAAUUGAAUAUACUCUAGAUCAAGGUAGCUCUGGCACGUCUACUCAAUUUGCAUCUUGUACCAACUCAGACUGUCAGUUAUUACCAGCAUCUGAUAUUGAUGGCACUAAAGAAAAUGAUUUGCAUGCUGAUGCCAUCCCCAGCCUACUACAAGAGUGCUGUCCUAGUCAAGUGCAAUCCUACAGAAGUCCUUAUCUUGCUACAUUGGUUGACCCAUAUCAUAGUCCAGAUAAUAAUGUAAUGGAACCAUAUUCCAGUCCAGAGCAUGCCAUUUUGGUCACUCAGUAUUCGGAUUCUGACUGCCAUGUACUGACCGAACCAGAUGCUGUAUCUGAUUGCUCUGUACUGGCUGCUUCAUGUGCCAGUUCUGAUCAUUCUCCAAUAGUUAAAACUGGUUCUAGCCAUGACCACUUCUGUGAGGAGAUAACUGAGCACCGUGUCAACCUAGAUCAACUCCAGAAACCUGAACCCUGCACUACCUUGCCUUGUCCAGAGCCAGCUGAUUGCUUUGCUAAACCGAAUUUUACUGAGCAAGCUAACCCCUAUGUUAGUCCCAGCUGCCGAAUUUCAGGAAAUAAAAGUGCUGAGCCAGAAACCCCUCAUUUGGUUGAACCCUAUGGCAGCCCAGAACACCCUCAGCUUGUGGAACUUUAUGCCAGUCCAGAGCACCCUCAGCUGGUAGAACCUUAUGCCAGUCCAGAGCACCCACUGCUUGUUGAACCAUAUGGUAGUCCAGACAGUCAAGAACUGGUUGAAUCAAUUGCCAGUCAGGAACUUGCUCAGGGAGCUGAGAUUUUUGCUAUUUCAGAAAGUCCACAAAUUGUUCAGUCAUGCAUGAGCUCACAGUCUCCUCAGCCGAAUCAACCAUUUGACAGCACCGACCACCCACAGUUGGACCAGCCUGUUAAUCCAGAUCCGAUCCAGCUAGUUCAACCAAAUUUCAGCCCAAAGUCACCCUCAAGCCCAAAAAGUCCUCAAGCAAUUCAUUCAUGUGCCAGCUUGGAAGGUCCUCAGCUUGUUCAGCCUUAUGCUGACUCAGAGCACAAGCUGGAGCAACCAUUUGCCGACCCAGAGCCCAUUCUCCUGGAACCAUUUACAAAACCAGAACAUCUACACGUUGAAACAAUUAUUGUCCCUGAGUCCCAACAGGUGGUCCAGCCAUAUGGCAGCCCAGAGCAUCCCCAACUGGUUCAGCCAUAUGACAGCCCAGAGCAUCCCCAACUGGUUCAGCCAUAUGACAGCCCAGAGCAUCCCCAACUGGUUCAGCCAUAUGACAGCCCAGAGCAUCCCCAACUGGUUCAGCCAUAUGACAGCCCAGAGCAUCCCCAACUGGUUCAGCCAUAUGACAGCCCAGAGCAUCCCCAACUGGUUCAGCCAUAUGACAGCCCAGAGCAUCCCCAACUGGUUCAGCCAUAUGACGGCCCAGAGCCCCCCCAACUGGUUCAGCCAUAUGACGGCCCAGAGCCUCCCCAACUGGUUCAGCCAUAUGACGGCCCAGAGCCUCCCCAACUGGUUCAGCCAUAUGACAGCCCAGAGCAUCCCCAACUGGUUCAGCCAUAUGACAGCCCAGAGCAUCCCCAACUGGUUCAGCCAUAUGACAGCCCAGAGCAUCCCCAACUGGUUCAGCCAUAUGACAGCCCAGAGCAUCCCCAACUGGUUCAGCCAUAUGACAGCCCAGAGCAUCCCCAACUGGUUCAGCCAUAUGACGGCCCAGAGCCCCCCCAACUGGUUCAGCCAUAUGACGGCCCAGAGCCCCCCCAACUGGUUCAGCCAUAUGACGGCCCAGAGCCCCCCCAACUGGUUCAGCCAUAUGACGGCCCAGAGCCCCCCCAACUGGUUCAGCCAUAUGACGGCCCAGAGCCCCCCCAACUGGUUCAGCCAUAUGACGGCCCAGAGCCUCCCCAACUGGUUCAGCCAUAUGACGGCCCAGAGCCUCCCCAACUGGUUCAGCCAUAUGACGGCCCAGAGCCUCCCCAACUGGUUCAGCCAUAUGACAGCCCAGAGCCUCCCCAACUGGUUCAGCCAUAUGACAGCCCAGAGCAUCCCCAACUGGUUCAGCCAUAUGACAGCCCAGAGCAUCCCCAACUGGUUCAGCCAUAUGACAGCCCAGAGCAUCCCCAACUGGUUCAGCCAUCUGGCAGCCCAGAGCAUCCCCAACUGGUUCAGCCAUCUGGCAGCCCAGAGCAUCCCCAACUGGUUCAGCCAUCUGGCAGCCCAGAGCAUCCCCAACUGGUUCAGCCAUCUGGCAGCCCAGAGCAUCCCCAACUGGUUCAGCCAUAUGACAGCCCAGAGCAUCCCCAACUGGUUCAGCCAUAUGACAGCCCAGAGCAUCCCCAACUGGUUCAGCCAUAUGACAGCCCAGAGCAUCCCCAACGGGUUCAGCCACAUGACAGCCCAGAGCAUCCCCAACGGGUUCAGCCAUAUGACGAUGGCGGUCCAGAGCAUCCACAACUGGUUCAGCCAUAUGACGGUCCAGAACAUCCACAACUGGUUCAGCCAUAUGAAGGUCCAGAGCAUCCACAACUGGUUCAGCCAUAUGACGGUCCAGCGCACCAGCAGAAGGAUCAGGUGUGUGACAGCCCACAGCUUGUUUUGCCAUUUGACAGCAUGGAAUGCGCACAUCUGGUUCAACCUCAUGCCAUCACAGCGUGCUCAGAACUGGAUCAGCCAUACACUAGCCCAAAACAUUUACAAGUAGACCAACCACAUGCUGGAUCGGAGCAUCUGCAGUUAGAUGAACCAUAUAUUGGCCCAAAACACUUGCAGGCAGAACAACCACGUGCCAGCCUAAAGGACAAACAGCUAGCUCGGUCAUACACCAGCCCUGAACACCCCCAGCUGGUGCAACCAAUUGAUAGUCAAGAUCACCCCCAGCUGAUUCAGCCAUAUGAAAGCAGUGAGCACCUGCAGUCAUGUUCAGCACCUGUUCAGACAUGUGCCAGUGCAGAGCAUCCACAGCUUGUGGAAUCUUAUACCAGCCCGGAACACUCCCAGUUGAUUGAGCCAUACUCUAGUAUAGCCCCCCCACAGCUGAUUGAAACCUACUCUAGUCAUAACCACAGUCAAUGUGAUGAAACAAAUUCAAGUCCUCAUUUGUCUCCGGACCAUGGAUUAUCCUGCCAUGAUGAUAUUGAUAAAAACCGUAAACUAAUGCAGUCACCUCUGUCUGAUUCAAAAUUUGACAACUCUUUGCCUGAAAAUAUUGAGGCCAAUACAACUGGACCCUUUCUAGAUGUACCCUGCUCAAGUCUCCUUCAAAAGCAUAAAACCAGUCCGAAGCUCAGUAAGCCAAUUUUAGAAGAUUGCAGUGAGAAUUCAUAUAAAAUCUCCUCUGAAGAACUCUAUAAUGCUGCAGAUAAAUCUCUCCUUGGGGAUUCUUCUGAAAGUUCUGUACCUUUGGUGUCAAAGGAAGACUAUAUAGACUCCUCUGAUCAGUAUUUAACUGGUGACUGUCAUAGCUCUGACACAACCCAACUGGAUAGAUCAACUUCCAGUAUUCAUCAUCUAGAGCUUGACCACUCUAGUCCUUUUCAUCAGUCACAACUUGAGAAGUCUUUAUCAGGCAAAAGGCAGCCACAGCUGGGCAUUCAGUAUACAAGGGAUGAUCAACAGCCUGAGAAAAAGCUUGAUCCGGAAAAACAUUGUGCAGACUCUGACCAGCCACAGUUUUCAGAACACAAUAAUUCAGAGGCAUAUUCUUCACCAAUAUCUUGCCUGAAUAAAGAAUGUUUUAGCACCAACCAAGAGCUUUCUAUUGAUGAUAUGAAUGUAUCUGGCCAGCCUCUGGAUGAGCAAAAUGGUUCUAGUGCUGACCAGUCUAUGAAUGACACAUGUUCAGAUGUUCAACAGAUCAAUCCCAUUAGUACCAACCCAGAGAUGCCCUUUCUGGACAGAGCUACUUCUGCUGUUUACUUGACCGAUGGAACCAUAUCAAGUAUUGAUGCACAUUUUGAAGACAGUGUUGUCCCAAGUGUAGAACAGAAAGAACAGUCGUACACAUCUGAAGAGGAUAAAAACUUGGAUGCCACUGAGCAGCUCCUGACUGACAAAAGUACAGAACUCUUUAAAUGUGAUCCUCCAGAUAGUUUAACAGAUCAAACUGAAGCACUUUCAGACCAGGCUGCUUCUAGCCCUGAUAGUUUACUGCAGAAUGAACCAUUAGAAAUGUGCAGUUAUGAACAUGCAGAAAAUAUAUCCCAUAGACAUAACCAGUCUCCUCAAGAGCACCCUCUUGUGAGAGCUAGCAAGAGAACCUCCUGGGAUACCUCAGAGCUAACAGGUCUGGAUAAAGACUAUUCCAAGAAUGAACAGGUUCUAAGCAAUCCUGAAAUCUGUGACAUCUCUGAGCUUGAUCAAACGGUUGAAGGUAGCACAUCGACGAGAAGCGAACCAUUAUCCCCAGUGCAGAUUUGCAGCAAGCCUUUUUCCGCUAUAUUGUCUGCAGAACCUGAAGAACCUUCUACCAGUUUGGGCUUACAAAUUCAAGAUAAAGCGGACAGCUUUAUGUCUAUUCAUGUUACUACGUUAUCUACUGAAAUUGACACACAUGUAGCAGAGGAUUCUGGAGAUAAUGUUCAGCUUGAUAAUGAAUGUAAAAUUACGCCACCAGACCUUUUGCCAUUUGACUCUGAGCAACCUACACCUAUAUAUACACAAAAUUCAGAAUCUUCAUCUGAACCAGUUUUAUUUAUCUCUCAACCACCUCCUGAACUUUUGCCUUAUGAUUCUGAGCAGCCUGCGAACCCUUUCCAGAGUAUUUCUGACUAUUCUUCUGAACAAGAUUCUUCGGUCUUUCACACACCUCCUGAGCUGUUGCCUUAUGAUUCUGACCAGACUAUCGUGCAUGUUUCUAAGCCAGAAUCUUGUGAAGGGAAACUCUCUUUAAGCAACGCAACAGAUGAGUCUUCGGCUACAUUUGCUGCAUCUGAAAAUUCAUUUGUUAGUCAGCUUUCCGUACCCAGUGUUGAUCAAGAAACAAUUGAAGUACAGCUUUGUUCUGCUGAAGAAAAGGAUACCUCUAUAACUUCAACAAAAGAAUUGGAUUGUGUUGAAUAUGAAAUGUCUAGAUCUUCCAUAUUGACUCAUGCUUCAGCUUUAAACAAUCCAGAAAUGGUAGUUGAACAGCCAGCCACUACAAUUCUUGAUGUUGAAUUUGGACAGGAGCUACCAUCAUCCCUAUCUUCAUGUGAUGAAACAAAAUGUAUGCCCGAACAGCCAGUUUUGCAUGAAAUAACUACCCCACAUGCUUUAAGUCAAGGAGAACAUUCUGUUGAGCAUUCACAGUUGAUAACAAAAGAUUUUGACCAUUUGCUGUUAACAGAGGAUUCUAUCAAAUCAUCACCUCCUGUUUCAAAAGCAGAGACAGAGCAGGUAUCUUUAAUUUUAAAUACAUGUGGCACACUAGUGGUGCAGUCCUGUUCUGAUAACAGUAAUAUGGUGAACUUCUGUGAAGAAGAAAAAUUAUCAGUGACACAAUCCCCUAUUGUUAUAGAGGUCUCUAACAAGCGUUCCCAUUCCAAAUCUUUGUUAAAAACAGAACUUUCAAAUUCUCUGUCCACAUCCACAAAACGUGAUUCGCCUUCAAAACAUACAAGCAGAUCUGCACGCUCACAUUCUCGAUCAAAGGACCGAAGGAAAUCGAGAUCCAAGUCUACCACAAGGAAAAAACGAUCACGCUCAAAGUCGAUGACGCGUGCCAAGAAAUCUCGUUCUAAGUCUGUUGUAAAAACUAGAAAAUCAAGGUCAAAAUCUGCUACUCGAAGAAAAAAAUCAAGUUCAGUUUCUGAUACAAGAUUUAGGAAAUCUCGUUCCAGGUCUAAAUCUAGGAAGAGACGUUCUCGAUCAACAUCUGUAGCCAACAAGAGAUCAUCUCGCUCUCCAUCUGUAGCUCAUAGGAGGAGGUCUCGAUCGUCUCGUAGAAAGCGAUCCCACUCUACAUCUGUAGACCCUAAAAGGUCACACUCGAAUUCCGUAGCUCGUAGGAGGCGCUCUCGCUCACUUUCUUUAGCCCGUAGGAGAUACUCUCGUUCCCGCUCUCCAGUUAGGAGAAGGUCUCGCUCUUCAUCUGUUCACCGCAAAAAACGCUCCCGAUCAACUUCAGUGGCUCGCAGGAAACGCUCCCGUUCUUCCUCCAUCACUCGCAGGAGACGUUCUCGAUCAUCAUCUGUAUCUCGGCGAAGGCCUUCACCCUCGCAAUCUGUAGCGCGCCGAAGGAGAUCUCCUUCCUUGGGUCGACGGAGACGUUCCCGCUCACCUUCAUUGGCACACAGAAGACGUUCCCGCUCUGCUUCUCACAGAAGACGUUCUCGCUCACCCUCUGCUUCUCGCAGGAGACGCUCUCCAUCUGCACCCCGUAGGAGGCGCUCCCGCUCCCCAUCUCCCCCUAGGAGAAAGCGUUCUUCCUCUGCUGCUCGCAAAAGACGCUCCCACUCUACCUCAGUAACACGCAAAAGACAUUCUCGAUCAUUAUCUGCUUCCAGAAAGAGGAGAUCCAGAUCCUCUUCUCACAAAAGGCAUUCCCAAACGCCAUCUAUUGCCUGCAAAAGGAGGUCAGAGUCUAAAUCGCCAACCCCAAAAUCACCAAAAAUCAAACAGCGAGCUCAAUCAAAGUCUGAUCGAUCUCGGAGUCGUUCUCAAAGUAACGUAAUCCGUAAAAGGAAAACUCGCUCGCGAUCUUCCUCAAGAGACAUAAGUAAAUCAAAUGAAAAGAGACGGAAAAGGUCUAGCUCUAAAGAACAUUAUAGCAUCAAACAGAGAAGGAAAAGUCGAACCCCUCCAAGAAGGAAAAAAUCAAGAUCUCCUGCAAGGAGAAUAAGUCCAUGCAGAUCUCCUGUUAGAAGGCGACGUUCAAGAUCACCAGUAAGGAGAAAAAGCUUUAGCAGGUCUCCUGUUCGUAGAAAACAAUCAAGAUCUAGAGACCAAUCAAUGGACUGUGUCAGAUCACCAAAACGUCUCACAGAUCUUGACAAAGCUCAGCUUCUGGAAAUAGCCAAAGCUAAUGCAGCUGCCAUGUGUGUUAAGGCUGGUAUGCCCUUACCAGCAAGUUUGAAGCCAGUAUUGGCACCCUCUGCACCUGUUGAUGAGAAGAGUACCCACAGGACAUAUGGCGUUACAAUUCAAGAACUUACAGAGAAAUGUAAGCAAAUUGCUCAAAGCAAAGAAGAUGAUGAGGUUGUGAAUAGGCCCCAUGAUUCUGAUGAAGAGGAAGGUGACCAACCUUUUUACAAUCAUCCUUUUAAAGUCAGUGAACAUAAACCAAUUUCCUUUAGUUUACUGAAUCCCAGCUUGAAGCCAGCUCCGAAAACUCAGGUAACUUUGACCAAGGAGUUUCCAGUAUCUUCAGGAUCUCAGCACAGGAAAAAGGAGGAUAAAGUGUACGGUGAAUGGGUUCCUGUGGAUAAAAAGAGCGAGGAGAUCAAGGAUGACGUUUUCACCAACACAGGUCCCUCACAGUUCUAGAAUUGUUUGAGGAAGGUGGAUUAACCACACUUAUAUACCUGUUGCCAAACCAACGUACUGAUGGGCUGAGACCCUCCCUUCUUUAAUGGCCUCACAUGGACAUAAUGCUUCCAGAUCGUAAGUUGUGAUUGGUUGCAAACUGGUCAUUAAAGAAUACUAAGGACUGAUUCCUAACGGCUACAUCAAAAGCAGAGAAAACCAGGCCCCAGAUGUGCAGAAACUAUGGUUCUACAAACAAUGGACAUAUAAAUAUAUAUAUAUUUUUUUUCUCUUUUCUGUGCAAAGUUUUAAGUUUGUUUCACAGCUCUUCAAGUAAACCUGUUGUGGCCCUGAAUACCCAAAAAGGCAGAACAAAGGCAUAAUGACUUUAAUACUUUAAAUAGAAGCGAAAUCUAACACACCUGCCGUUUUAAUCCGAAUAAAUGGAGUUUGACCUUUUUUUUGGCACCUGCUAUAUCACCAGAUGCUUGUGUGCCUACGCCCAGAGUGAAUAUAAUCCUGUACAUGGAAUAGUUCAGGUUCAUGCUUUGCAUGGAUCGACAAAUGAGUUCCUCCUAAUAGUGUAUAGUUUUUUGCUCUAAAAUUUAGAAAGUGCUGUCAUUUUAUAUUUUGCGUUGAUGAAAAAGACAGCUAUUUUGCUUUAUAUGUAUAUAGCCAUGUCUGCAUUUUUAAAAAUAAAUUUUCUGUUUCUAGUUGAGUUUCAGUUUUCAAACAUGCUUUAUGGACACCAUUUGAAAUUUGAAUAAAAUUGGUGUCAAUGUCUCCAGUGUACGCAGCUCCAUAAAAUUCCAUAGUGUCUGGGACCCUUUCAGGGGUCUUUUGUAAUUCUUUCUUCAGGCCCUAUGGUUAAAUCAUGCUGUGUGUUAAUAUGCAUUAUCAAUUAAAAACCUUUUUAAAACGAAGAUGUUUUAGGAUGCACCAAUGGUCGCCAGCUCUCUAGCUUAAAGUAAUGUGAUUUUUGAAAGGCAAUUUUUUUUUUUCCUACUGUGCAUGUUGUCCGCUAAACUUUGUUUUGCAAGUCCUGCUUUAUAUAAUGCUCUGAUGUCAGACGGCAGUGUCUUGCCACCUUUCUCAAGUGUCAAACUUUGUAGCAAUAUUGAUUUUCACAAAAUAUUGCCGAUAGUUGCACAGUUUAAAGUUGAGUGGAAAAAACUAAUCUAAAUUCGUUAUUGGAAGACCUUAAAGGUUAUAAUUUGAGGGAAAAAAAUGUCCCAGUGUUACUAGGUCAGCUUAAACAAUGUUUUGGGAAAAAAACUUUAAUGUUCUAAUUGGCCACCACAAGUUCUCGUUUCUUGUUUGAAAUUGAAGAUCUACAGAAUACCGCUAAUGUUCACCUGAAAAAUCAUGAAGUCUUUCAAAGUAAGGGAAUAGUUAACCUAAUUGCCAUGAAAAAGAGGAAAAAUAGACAGCUUGUUAGAAUAAAGUCAUCUUCUACCUAAUUUAACAUCUUUGGUUUUCCGGAGGAAACUGACCAACUAUAGGGGGUAAAGCUACUUCAGCUUCAGAAUGCUGUAAUAGUCAAGGGUUCCGUGGCCUUUUUAAAUGCUGAAAUCUAAUUUUGUUUAAUGUAGUUUUCACACAUCCGUGUUACCUUUUUAUUUAAAGACAGUAAAAUUCUGACACUCAAAAUGAUUAAGCCUUUUCAAUGCAAGGAGCAUGCAGAAUCAACUUUCCAAUUGUGUAUUAAAAUCAAGCUAUAAGAUAUUAUACUGCCAACAAAUACAGUCCCCUUAUUCCUUGAACCAGCCUUUCUCAACUGUUUUGACAUGGAGGAAAUUUUCAAAUUAAAGGUGUAUUGGCUCAUCUGUAGAAAAAAAAGUUUUCAGUAAAAAUAAUGGAAUUAAACCUGGUCUUCCCCCUUAGAUUGGUGGUCCAUGAAGAAGUGCCUCCUUACAUUGUUGGUCAGCAACAUUAUUUGGUGGUCAGUAGCAAAGGGGCUCAUUAGAUUUGUGGUCAGUAGAGGAAGGACCACUUUGCCAUGGUGGUCAUUUGGAGAAGGGCCAAAUUACAUUGGCCAGUAGUAUGAAUGCUCCUUACAUUUGUGGUCAGUGGGAGGAUACUCCUCAAAUGAUGAUCAGUGAAAAUAAUGCUCACCUUACAAAUGGGUAAUAAGGUAAUUUGUCUUGCUGGUUGCAUACUUCAGCGUAAGCAUUUAGUUCUUGCAACCUUCUAGUGGCUAGUGGUCUUGGGACCACUAGCAACCUCUGGAGGAACCCCUAGUGUACCACAGAACCCUGGUUGAGAAAGGCUGCCAUCCACUGUAGAGGUCGCCAGCGAAUUGUACAAUUGCUUUGACUUGGCACUGCACAAAUGUAUAAAGUUAUUAACCCUCUGCUUUGUCCUGUGUCAAGAUAGUCCUGCAUUGCUAGGAUUGAGAUGGCCUUUGCUUAAGUAAGGAUUCUCUUCAAGAAUCAAAAGUAUAUGCUUUCUGUAAAGUUUUUGACAUACAGGUAACAUCUUUACAACCAACGUAAAAAAAAAAUACGCAAAAGCUGUUUUUAAGGCAUUUUAGAUAUUGUUUUUGUGUAAUCCCUCCACUGCCAGAGAGAUUUGCAGUGCCUUGCACUAUGGAAACUUCUGGUAGUGUUGCAGUUCCAGCUGCCUGUAAAUAUGUUUCUAUUGUAAAUUGAUGCAGUUUAAAGUCUGACACAGCUGUACAUACAUGUUGUUGUUAUGUUAUAAUGUAAAAAAAAAAAAAAAAAUAGUUGAAUAAUUGGCUGAUUCUGAGUGUGCUUUUCAAAUUCCGCAAGAAUAUUGUCCUAUUUUUACUUGGAUGUGAUCUAUCUUUUGUGAAGUCCUGUAUCGAGUAAACUAACUUUUCCCUAUAUUUUAUUUUAUUUUCCUUUGUCUACAUACAACCUUUAACAGCUGCAACUGCAAGUUUUCGUGUUAUUUUUUCCCCCCAGCUUUUUCAUCUAGUUUUGUCCAUGUUUUGGAGAGUUAUUUCUCAAAAAAAAAAAAAAGAAUCUUAAUACUCAUGUUGACUCUGGUUGUCUGAUGUUACUUUUGUAAUUUAGUUGUUUUCCUAGCAAAAAGCUUUUUAAAAGGACAAGAAUUAAUGACGUACUCAUUGGGUUUGGGCCUCCUGAUUUGUUGUUCAUGGUUAUUUUGUUGGGGUAACUGGUUUAUGUAGAUUUGUAUACUUCAAAAGAAAGCCACCUUUUUUGAUUUUGAUGACCGUGACUAAACUUGUAGAUAGUUUAUAUCCAACAAAAAGUCAACCUAAGCCAACAUCGGUAUAUUCAGUAAUAGUAUGAUGAUGAUAAUAGUAGGGAAAACAUUGUCACACAGCAAAGAACACCUACUUGUAAAUGUUGAUUUUUUUUUUUUUUCUUUCUUGGAAAUGUAAUUUUCAUUAUGAAUAAAGAAAUAGUCCAAGUAUUUAA